AUGGUCAAGCGAAGCAAGUUACUUCAGGCUCUCGAUGCCCACAAGGGCCGGGAUUUCGAGGCAGAGAAGCAGAAGAAAUUGAUCAAGACCGCCGAAAAGAAGAAGGCUAAGAAGGCUGCUGUCGCCGCCCCCGAGGACAAGGUUGUUGAGGAGGAGAAGGAAGAGGAGAAGGAGGAAGAGAAAGAGGAAGAAAAGGCCUCCAGCUCUGACGCCGAAGAGGAAGAAGAAGAGGUCGACCAGGAUGAGGAGAUGGAAGAUGAGGAAGAAGAGGAAGAAGACAUCCCGCUCUCCGACCUCGACGAAGACGAGCGUGAGGAUGUCGUUCCUCACCAACGUUUGACAAUCAACAACUCUGCCGCUAUCACCUCCGCCCUCAAGCGCAUUUCCUUCAUCGGCCCUCAGACCCCAUUCUCAGAGCACAACUCCAUAGUCUCGAAAGAGCCAAUUGAGAUCGAAGACGCCAAUGACGAUCUGAACCGUGAAUUAGCCUUCUACAAGGUCUGCCAGGUUGCUGCUACCCAGGCUCGUACCCUGCUGAAGAAGGAUGGCAUUCCUUUCACACGACCAGGCGAUUACUUCGCGGAGAUGGUGAAGAACGAUGAGCACAUGGCCUUGAUCAAGAAGAAGCUUUACGAAGAGGCUGCUAGCAAGAAGGCUUCUGCUGAGGCUCGUCGCCAGCGUGAUCUUAAGAAGUUCGGCAAGCAGGUCCAGAACUCCAAGUUGCAGCAGAGACACAAGGAGAAGCGCGAGAUGUUGGAGAAGAUCAACACCCUGAAGAAGAAGCGCAAGGCUGAUGGCUCUGCCCCUACCGACGACGCCAAUGAUAUGUUCGACAUUGCCAUUGACGAGGUCACCAAGCCCGAGAAGAAGCGUAGCCGUGGCGAGGGCCGUGGUGAUGGCCCCGGUAGCUCGAAGCGCCAGAAGAAGGACUCCAAGUUCGGAUUCGGAGGCAAGAAGCGCCAUGCUAAGAGCGGUGAUGCUAUGUCCAGCGGUGAUCUGAGCAACUUCUCCGCUAAGAAGAUGAAGGGUGGCGCAAAGCGACCCGGCAAGAGCAAGAGAGUCCAAGCCAAGGGACGCAACUAA